AUGGGAGAACAACCAAACGAAAUUGAUUUGGACUCAGUUAUCGAUCGUCUCUUGGAAGUACGAGGAAACAGACCGGGCAAAGCUGUACAAUUAGCAGAAUAUGAAAUUAAAUACCUUUGUACAAAAGCUAGAGAAAUUUUCAUCAGUCAACCCAUCUUACUUGAAUUAGAAGCUCCUAUCAAAAUAUGCGGUGAUAUCCAUGGACAAUAUUAUGACCUUCUUAGACUCUUUGAAUAUGGUGGAUUCCCACCAGAAGCCAAUUACUUGUUCUUAGGAGAUUACGUCGACAGAGGUAAACAAUCACUCGAAACUAUCUGUUUACUUUUAGCGUACAAAAUCAAAUACCCCGAAAACUUCUUCAUCCUAAGAGGGAACCACGAGUGUGCCAGUAUUAACAGAAUUUACGGAUUUUAUGAUGAGUGUAAACGACGUUAUAAUAUCAAGCUGUGGAAGACUUUCACCGAUUGUUUCAACUGUUUACCCAUUGCUGCUAUCAUUGAUGAGAAGAUUUUCACCAUGCACGGUGGUUUGAGUCCCGAUUUGCAAAGUAUGGAACAAAUCCGAAGAGUGAUGAGACCUACAGAUGUACCCGAUACUGGCCUUCUUUGUGAUCUUUUAUGGUCUGAUCCCGAUAAGGAUAUUACAGGAUGGAGUGAGAAUGAUCGAGGUGUUUCGUUCACUUUUGGACCGGAUGUAGUGUCACGAUUCCUACAAAAGCAUGACAUGGAUUUGAUUUGUCGAGCUCAUCAAGUCGUAGAAGAUGGUUACGAAUUCUUUGCCAAACGACAAUUAGUUACACUGUUCUCUGCUCCUAAUUACUGUGGAGAGUUCGAUAACGCGGGCGCCAUGAUGUCCGUUGAUGACACAUUGCUCUGUUCCUUCCAAAUCCUCAAACCUGCUGAGAAGAAGGCUCCGAAAUAUGGGGGAUACGGUGCCAGCGGACGGCGUCAGUGA